AAAAUGGGACGCAACGCGACAACACCGGGACUUCUCCGCUGGUGGUCCCUGCCGCUGCCUCUGGGCACCCAGCACCUGCGUGCCCCCGGAUCGUGGACGCCGCGCCCGGCCCAGCGUCCCCCGCGGAGGCGGAGCUUGCGUCUGCCCCGCCCCUCUGUCCCCGGGCUCCGGCCGGCGCCCCCCGCCCGGCUGCGGCGCGUGACGCGGGGCGCGCAGCUCCGGCGGGCGGGCUGGCGGACAGGCGCAGGCGGUGGAGACGGCCGGCCAGCGAGCGGCAUGGCGGCGGCGGCAACCACGGCGGGCCCGGCGGGGCCCGAGCCCAUGCCGAGCUACGCGCAGCUCGUGCAGCGCAGCUGGGGCAGCGCGGUGGCGGCGGCGCGGGGCUGCGUGGACUGCGGCUGGGGGCUGGCGCUCCGGGGCCUGACCGAGCACGCGCACCUGGCGCCCCCCGAGCUGCUGCUGCUGGCGCUCGGCGCGCUCGGCUGGACCGUGCUGCGCUCAGCGGCCACCACGCGCCUCUUUCGGCCCCUGGCCAAGCGGUGCCGCCUCCAGCCUAGAGAUGCCGCCAAGAUGCCUGAGAGCGCCUGGAAGUUCCUCUUCUACCUGGGCACCUGGAGCUACAGUGCCUACCUGCUCUUCGGCACUGACUACCCCUUCUUCCACGACCCACCCUCUGUCUUCUAUGACUGGACACCGGGCAUGGCCGUGCCUCGGGACAUCGCGGCCGCCUAUCUGCUGCAGGGAAGCUUCUACGGCCAUUCCAUCUACGCCACGCUGUACAUGGACGCCUGGCGCAAGGACUCAGUGGUCAUGCUCGUCCACCACGUGGUCACCCUGGUCCUCAUUGUCUCCUCCUAUGCCUUCCGGUACCACAGCGUGGGCAUCCUGGUGCUCUUCCUGCACGACAUCAGCGACGUGCAGCUGGAGUUCACCAAGCUCAAUGUUUAUUUCAAGUCCCGCGGCGGCUCCCACCACCCUCUGCACGCCCUGGCUGCGGACCUGGGCUGCCUCAGCUUCAGCCUCAGCUGGUUCUGGUUCCGCCUCUACUGGUUCCCACUCAAGGUCCUGUAUGCCACCUGCCACUGCAGCCUGCGCUCGGUGCCUGACAUUCCCUUCUACUUCUUCUUCAACGCGCUCCUGCUGCUCCUCACUGUCAUGAACCUUUACUGGUUCCUGUACAUCGUGGCUUUUGCUGCCAAGGUGCUGACGGGCCAGGUUCGGGAGCUGAAGGACGUCCGGGAAUACGAUGCAUCCGAGGCCCCGAGCCCCAAGCCCAGCAAAGCUGAGUGAAACUGAAUUAAAAGGAUCCAAGGUGACCCAAGACUUCGGGCUCGAGCUGCCGUUUACCAAAAUGCCGUUUACCAGGCAGGGCUCUGUGUGCCAGUGGGGUCGGGUAGGCGUUCCUUUGGGGGGCGUUUGACUCUCGACGUCCAGGGAUCAUGAGUCAGGAAUUCUGCUGAGGCCUCAGCACGGAGCCUGACCGACCCUCAGAGGCGUCCGGAAGCAGCAGCGGCUGAGAGACUCCGAGGGCGGGGGGAGAGGCUCCUGCUUGGCCAAAUCUAAGAAUCUGCACGCUCCUCCUGCUGCAGAGCAGUCAGCUUCCGGUGGAGACUCCUUGGAAAUGCAAAGCCCAGGCCGUGCGAGCCGCGCCUGGUGCUGCUCCCUGCUGUCUCCCGGAGGAUGCCCGGCCAGAACGUGGGCUGAGGGCCUGGCACCUGCUAGCAUUCCCACCAGGACAGCAGAGUGUGAACGCCGCACAGAUGUGACAGGGUGCGCGGGGGACACAUUGCACGGUCAGUCCGUGGGCAGCACCAGCAGACCUCGCCGCCCCCGGAUGCCUGGAGUCAGCGCAGUCGGGUGUAAAGAUGGGGUGAGUGGUCAGGAUGCCUCAAAACCAUCAGGUCAUGGAGAACAAGGAGACUGCGGACCAGUCCCAGGUCAGAGGGCUGAAUGCACUGGGGGUCCUGGACCAGCAGGACCGCCGUGGAGAAACGGGAACCGGGGAAAGCCCGCCGUUAGCUCGGAGCAGGGUCCGGCACCGGCUGCUGAGUGGAGACACGUGUUCUGUGGGGAUGGCACUGAGUUCUCUGGACUAUCUCUGCGACGUUUCUGCAAAUCUAAAAUUAUUCUAAAAUAAAAAGUUUAUUUAAAAAAUAAAAGGCAUGAGUGACAUAAAGAACAGCAUCGGAUGUUAUAUUACUUUCCGGGGGCUGCUGUCACCAAGUACCACGGACAGGGCGCCUUAAAGCAACGGGGACGUGUCCUCUCACAUUUCUGGGGCCUCAGAAGUCGAGUUAUCAGCAGGCACUCGCCCGCUGACGCUCCAGGCGAGGGUCCUUCCUGCUCUCCCAGCUCCUGCGGCUCCAGGUGCUCCGUGGCUGUGGCUGCUUCGCUCCGAUCUCCGCGUCUUCCUUCACGUGGCCUUCUCUUCUCUCUUGAUUUUCUGUGUUAAACUUCAUUUCAUUACAUCUGCAAAGGCUCUUUCUCCAAAUAAAGCCACUGUCACAGGUUCCAGAGAUUAGGGUGUGGACCUCUCUUUUCAGGGACCACCACUCAACCUACGAAAGCUGUGAAGGCUCACACGAUUAGAAAGCUGGAGAGAGAGGCAGUCAAGUAAAAGCUGUGAAGAAAUUACCCAGAAGCAGCAAAAACAGAUGGCAACUAUGGCAGCUAGGAUUUUAAGAAUGACCUGGUCUAGCCGAAUUCUAAUAGGAGACAGGUGGGGAGAGACAAUAGGAGAGACAUAAUGCUGAGAAUUUUCCAGAAAGUGGCAAGGCAUCCAUCAUAAGCAGGACGAAAAGAAGGCAUCCAUGCCCCAAACACAUCAUAGUGCAAAUGGAAACAGCCACAGAGAAGAGACGACCCAUGAAACAGACUAGCAGCAAGGGACGCUAGAUACGGAGGAAAGCGUCGCCGCGAGUGCGAAAACGGAAUAGCCAGCAACGGGGGAUGUCAUACACAGUUUUAAAAAUAGUUACUCAAGCCCUGGAUGGUGUUCUCAGUGGUUAGAGCUUCUGCCCACACACUGGAGUUGUGGGUUUGAUUCCCUAUCAGGGCACCCACCUGAUUCCUGGUUGGGGAACAUGUGGGAGGUGGUCAAUCUCUCUCUCUCUCUCUCUCUCUCUCUCUCUCUCUCUCUCUCUCUCCCUCUCUCUCUCUCUCUCUUUCUCUCCCU